CGAUUUUCAGUUUCACUGCACCAGCUCCCUCUUCCCUCCUCCCCCCCCCUCCCCUCCCACAUUCGAAACCCUAAAUCCACAUCUCUCCUUGAAAAUUUUGCACCUGAUCACGCUGGGAUUGGUCAGCUACCGGUGUUUUUCUGGUUCCUAUAUUUAGUUUCUUCUGAAGGGGUACUGCUUAUGUGGGGUUCUUGACGCUAUCUCCAGUGUUCAUCUGGCAUAUCUCGACUCAUAUAAUGGAUCCAAAAUCUACUGAUUCCCCACCGUCACCUACUGUUCAUUCCUCGGCUACUAAAUUUCCAGAAGUACAUCCUCAGGCUCCUGCUUCCUCUGGAAUGGAUAAUGUGGCACGUGAGGCACCAUCUAAGCUAUCUUCUUCUGGCAUAACUUCAUGGGCUAAGAACUUGAAAAUUUCUCAACCACAGUCAGCUUCACCAGAUGCCACGACUGAAAAUGCUGGGAAGUCAGCGUUUGCUCGUUUUACUAGUGGCUUUGGCUUGAAUUUAUCUCCAAAAUCUGCUGCACCUAAUGAUUCCCCAGAUGCCUCUUCUAAACCUGCCCAACCCAGUUUGGUUGGAUCAUUUACAAGAGGGUUGGUUGACUCUUCAAAGAGUGCUGUAAAGGCUGUUCAAGUUAAAGCGCGUCAUGUUGUCUCCCAAAACAAGCGAAGAUACCAGGAAGGUGGAUUUGAUUUGGACAUGACUUAUAUUACUGAAAAUAUCAUUGCAAUGGGCUUCCCUGCGGGUGACAUGAGCUCAGGGUUUUUUGGAUAUGUUGAGGGUUUCUACAGAAACCAUAUGGAAGAAGUCAUUAAGUUCUUUGAAACACAUCACAAGGGAAAAUACAAAGUAUACAAUCUUUGUUCCGAGAGGCUAUAUGAUGCGUCAUUAUUUGAAGGAAAGGUGGCUUGUUUUCCUUUUGAUGACCAUAACUGUCCCCCGGUUCAACUGAUAAUAUCAUUUUGCCAAAGUGCGUAUUCAUGGUUGAAGGAUGAUAUCGAAAAUGUUGUGGUUGUGCAUUGCAAGGCAGGAAUGGCCCGGACAGGCUUGAUGAUUUCCAGUCUUCUUCUAUUUCUGAAGUUCUUUCCAACGGCUGAAGAAUCUAUUGAAUACUACAACCAGAGAAGGUGUUUCGAUGGCAAAGGCCUGGUCUUACCAAGUCAGAUUAGGUAUGUCAAAUAUUUCGAGCGUAUUUUAACCUACUUCAAUGGAGAAAAUCCUCCUGGCCGCAGUUGUGUACUUAGAGGGUUUCGUCUCCACAGAUGUCCAUAUUGGAUCAGGCCUUCCAUUACUGUAUCUGACCAUAAUGGUGUUCUGUUCUCCACUAAAACACAUCAAAGAACCAAGAAUCUGUCGCCAGAAGAUUUUUGGUUUACUGCACCAAAGAAGGGGAUAAUGGUAUUCGCCUUACCCGGGGAGCCUGGUCUAGCUGAGUUGUGCGGGGACUUCAAGGUUCAUUUCCAUGAUCGCCAAGGAGAUUUCUAUUGUUGGCUAAACACAACCAUGACCGAAAAUCGGAAAAUGCUCUACACUAAUGAUCUUGAUGGGUUCGACAAGAGAAAACUGCCUUCCCCUGGAUUUCAGGUCGAGGUUGUUCUAGUAGAUAUGUUGCCGAACGUGGACAAUACGACCAAGAAAUUAGAUGAAAGCUCGGGCUCGAAAUCUUCUGCAGUUGAUGGGAGUGAAGUUUCUGAUAACCAAAACAGAAAAUCAUUAACUAAUGAGAAAGAUGAUGUAUUUUCUGACAGUGAAUCAGAAGGUGGUUCUGCAAAGAGCAAGGAUGCAGCAUCAGGUUCAGGGUCUGAAGCAUCAGCUGUCAAGACGACAUCUAAAUCUCAAAUGAGUGCGACUUCAUCCGACGAUGUUGCGAGUUUAUCACAUGCGACAAAGCAAGUUUCCCUGGGAGAUGGUGGAGCUAAACAGGCUGCUCCAGCAGCCAGUGACCGAAAAGGUGAUGGAGUCAAAAUAUCUGAUUCCCUCUCAGAAAUUCCAAAUUCAGAAAGUGAAUUCAAGGCAAUGGCUGCUGAUGCUUCUGUUUUCACAUUUGGGGACGACGAAGACUACGAGAGUGAGUAAACGAGAAGGUGUUGUUGUUGGGUAUUGUUCGCCCUGAGCCACGGCCAUCCUCUGUACAUAAAGACCGUGCUGCAGGUGAAGCUUUAAGAUUCAUUCAUUUGGGUUGUAAAUUCGAAGUCUCUCAGUAUCUGGUUUAUUAUUGAAUUGAUAUAGCAUGAAACUGGAAAGCAUGUGAAAAAAACAAAAGUUAUUUUCUUUUGAAGAUGAUACUGUUCUAUGAAGUUCAAUAAAGCUCAGUGCAGAAGACUGCUUGACCUUGUUUGUUUCACUCUUCUUGGCUUGUAAUUUGCUAAAUCAGCUCGUCUUAUCUUGUAGUGUGCUUUUGGCCAUGUGGAUCUCAGACGAACAAAAUAAAGAUUAAUUGUUUUAGCUA